CGGCCCGGCCGCCUCAGUCGAGGUGCGUCGCCCGUACCGACAGGAGCCCGUACCGCGCGCCGUCAGGUCGCCGUCAGGUCAUGUGGGUGACGGCUCCGGCCCGGGACUGAACCGCCUGAGCCUCUGGGAAUGUGACACCGACUGACCGCACCGCGCCAGUGCUUUUUUUUUAUUUUUGUUUAUUUUCCAAGUUUUUCCGUUCCGCUCCAUUUCCAAGACCCCGGAUCGUUCUAUGCUUGGAAAAACGCCCUCUGUCGGUCCUGCUGUGAGUGAAGCGAGAGGCGUGCUGCCGUGUCAACUAUGGUGACGUGCUACCCUUCGUACGAGAUGACCCCUCCCUUGCCGUCCCCGGCGCAGUGCGCGGGCGCCUCGGGCGCCGCGGGCGUCCAGGGCGGCGAGCGGCUGGGGCAGGCGGGCGUCGGCGGCAAGGAUUACAGCCGGCCCCUGCACGUCGACUGCAGCGUCGAGUACGAGCUCCCGGACGCGGCCAAGCCCCCGGCCGGCCAGCGCUCCGAGCCCCUGCUCAUGAUCCACCCGUGCUACUACCGGCGCGCGGAGGCGCAGCGCCGCACCCGCUUCGUCAACAACCUCCCCAAGAGCCUGUCGUCGCCGGUGUCGUCGUCGUCCUCCUCGUCGUCGUCGUCGGGCCGCCGCAGCAAGGUGGCGCGGCUCGCGACGUCGUCCUCGGCCGUGGAGCCGGCGUGGCCGCAGCCCAAGCCCGUGUCGCUGCCCGUGUACCCGGCGCCACCCGGGCCGGCCGGGCCGCCGUCGUGCUACAAAGUGGGCGCCACCGCCGACUUCAGCACCGCGGCGUGGCCGGGCCGGACCCCUGCCGCGCCGUCGUCCGCCAAGCUCGACGCCGGAGUCCUCUCGGAUAUCAUCGUGUCUACCUGCUCCGAGCUCAACAACAAUAACAACAACUACAUGAAGCAGCAGUCGCAGCAGCAGGGCAGCAGUCAGACGCAGCUGGGCAGCUGCGCGGCCGUGCCCUCGUACCUGCCGAGCUACCACCCGCACCACGGCCUCCACCACCAUGCCGGCGGCCACCACCACCCCAGCACCGGCACCGCCAUUGGCACCGCCACCGGCCAGCAGCAGCACCCGGCGUCGCAGGCGACGCAGGUCAACCGGCUGUACGGCGGAGGCCUCGUCAAGGCGGAGGCGACCCCCGUGCCCACCAAGGCUCGGCGAAGCGGCGUGAAGAGAUCGCGGUCGUCUCGCACGCUGCAGGACUGCGCGCGCGCCACGCCCUCCACCUGGUCCGACGCCAUGCUCCACCUCAACGCCUCCGGCUUCGCCUUCGAGUCGGCGGCGGCGGCGGCCGCGGCGGCCGCGGGGGCGGCGGGCGUGGCGGCGGCGGGGGCGGCGAGCGUGUGGUACCCGCACCAGGGCACGCCCCAGCACCAGCACCACCCGCACGCCCCCGUGCCCGUGGCCGCCCCCGUGCCCGGGGCGACGGCCGCGGACCCCCUGGGCGCGCCGCUGGCCCCCCUCGGCUCGGUGGCCUGGGGGGCCAUGUUCCCGCACUGCAGGGAGCGCGAGGACGACACCAGGGUGCUCUGGAACUCGGACAGCCUGCUGCGCCUGGUCCCCGUGUAGUUAGCCAAAGCCUGUAUGUGUGAGUGUGUGCAUGUGUGUGAGUGUGUGUGUGUGUGUGUGUGGUGGGGGUGUCCCCCCCGUGCAGUCGGCAGGAUAUCGUGAAGCGGAUGGGACGUUGGGGUCCCAGCGCGGCAGCGAGCUGUAGCGCUCUUAUAGCCCCCUGAAGCGCUCGCUGCCGUGCUGGGGCGCACCGUCUGCCCCAAAUUUUUAUUUUAUAUAUUAAAUAUUAUUUUUCGUUUUUAUUUAUAUCAUUUUUUUUGUCUUAGAAAGUUUUGUUUCUACCUUUGAGUUUGAUUUUGCGUCCUUUGUUCUCUUCACGGUGUGUUGGCCACUUGCGGAUUGGGAGUUUUUUUUUAAAUGUGGCCUGGAGCCGAGGGUGGUGUUUGUCACGCAACUUCGGCUCGGCCCAAAAGAAAGAGGCACUGAUUGAUUAAUUCUUUUAUUGUUUAUGUUUGUUUGUACAUUGUAAUGCAUAGUAUAUAUUAUAUAUGUAAUUUGUAAUUAACAAGCAUACAUCACGGCGGUGGGAAGAUGGUGCGCGCCCACUUUUGCUGUGGCACUCUCUGUGGUGAACGAUAUCCGACUUGUUAUAGCCUCUUUUAGUGAUGUGUUUAACAAACCGUUUUUAUCAGGGUAGUAAGUUGUAAUUGUUGAACAUGUAUCUUCAGACCUGAGAAGAAAAGGAAUUCAGGGGGGAGGGGGGGAAAGAAAGAAAAAAACAGAGGUGUUAUGUGUAGUGGAGAUGUCCUGUAGUCGAAUGGGACGCAACUUGGUAGAUGUUACCUGUGCAUUCUACAAUAAAUCUAUUUUUUGUCUACUCUGAGAAAAAAUGUAAACUGUUUAUAUUCGGCGUUAGCCUGUGAUUCUGUUCAUUGUCUUAGUUAUAUGCCCUUAUUUUGUAUACCUUUGAGUCAUACUCUUUACUUUACGGCGCACCCUGCUGUGUAGUUAACACUUGUAAUUUAAACCAUUGUUUUCUUUAGCGAUUGUGUUUCGGAUGUCAUUUCUGCAGUCAGAGCUAUAUAAUAUAUUAUUUGUGGGACUAUUUUUAUUAGGCAGGAGCCUCCUGUGUAGUAGGGGGUGGCAUGCAGAAGCGGUUAUUUUGGCUUUUUCGUAGAUGAUCGGAGAUCUAACUCCAAGACUAAAAAAACUAAACCGAAAAACGCUUAAUUGUAAUGUGUUCAAUGUCCCUUUUCGAACUGGUUCAAUCGCUACGGGUAUAAGGAAAUGCACUCCAUUACAACUGAGAACUUUUCCAGUCUGUGUUAUAAACCUUUCUCAUGACUAUAAAUUUGACUCAAAUCAAGAGGGUGCAGAUCCGACCGAUUGUCGACUGUUCCGUCUUCCCUUCAGCCAUUUCCCCUCUUUUGGGACUAUUUUUCGAGGGUCGUCGUUCGUGAAUAUCUUCAAAGACUUUCUAGCUGUCCUAGUAAUUUUAAUUAAUUUCUUUCGUUUUCAAUAUUGUUUUCAACUUUCUCACGCAGAUCUGGAAAAGGUUCGCGGAUGGCAGUAAAAUCUUGUUCUUUUUUGUGGUUUGCUGCAAACAAUUCCAAAGUGAAUGCAGGGCGUUGAUCGUGGCGUGGCGGGGCGUGGAGCCUGGCCAGGGGCCCGCGUGCCACGCCUCGCUGCGCCACGCCGCCGCUGCUGAGCCCCGCGCCACAAAGCAACCUACCAAAGUUGCCCACUGCGCACUUUUUAUAAUAUAAUCGUAAGACUGACCGCGCUGCCCUUCGUAUUGAUGUCGGACAUAUCAGUGCCAUGCGCGUAGGCGGGGCGAAGACAUACAGUGAGAAAAGGAAAUAGGGAGGGGGAAAAAAGCUCCGUAAAAAAAAAUGAAGACUUUUAAAAAAUUGAUAGAGGGAGAGGAAGAAGGUGAGGUUUGUUACUUUGUGUUCUUGAGUUGGACAAAGGCCACACUAGUAGUUGUGCGUGUGUGAAAAGUGCACCUAUCUGCAAGCCGGGGGGCCGAACACGACGUAAGUAAAGUACACACUAAAAAUGGAUAAAGCAUAUUUUUGCGAUGAUGGGUUAAGAAUUCGCCACAUAACUUUCCAUUGUAAAAAAUAUGGUAUGGUAAAAAUGCAAAACAUACAAAAAAAAUGAGGGUUUCUAGUAAUAGUUUGUGUUUUAUGUAAACUUUAAGAAACUUACUCCUUGCAUGAGUCUUUGUGGAAAAAAGUUAUGUUACACUUCUGUAUUUGUCGCUAAAAUCACUUAUAGGAGUUAUAUUGUACGCUAUUGAUGUUUUCGUGAAAAUGUGCAUGGUUAAAAAAGAACUUCUAGCAGUAUACCCCAAUAUUUACGAUACUACUGUAAUCUGAGAAAUACAGAAUUCAUUAGCCCUAUCUCAGUGAAGCUUGUGUCGCUACUCUUGUCUGUCCAUCAGUGGUUAUUUUUGUAUUUAGUGUGCUGGCCCUGAGUCGAUGUGGUGUAGCCCGCAGUGGCGAGCCUGAUAGGUCCAACGUAGAGUGUGGAAAAGUGAGAAAGAAUUAAUGUAGGCUUUUUCGCUUUUUGCUCGGAGUGGUUACAAAGUAAGCUUGUAGCUGAUGAGGAAUGUGGAAAGAUGUUGGAGCGGGAAAUGAUAAAUAAAGAAUGGGUUGCAUGAUGUACACCAUUCAUUAUAAAAUAGUCAUUAUAAUUGGAAUGUUAUUUUUUAUUAAAUGACUGUGAUAAUGUGAUCUUAAAGUGUGUAUAAAUAAAGCAUAAUAUUACCUGAAA